UCGUGCCCUCAAGUUCCGCAAACGGAUCAUUCGCCAACUGCAUCGCGGACACCCAGGGAUGGACCGCAUGAAGUCUCUGGCCCGCAGCUACGUUUACUGGCCGAACGUAGACGACGAUGUGGUGCAGUUUGUUCGCCAGUGCAAACCGUGCGCUGCUGCAGCGAAAUCCCCGACGAAGGCGACCCUCGAGUCGUGGCCUCUCCCGGACAGGCCGUGGCAACGUGUCCACAUCGACUACGCUGGACCAGUCGAUGGUUACUACUACUUCGUCAUCGUGGAUGCCUACUCCAAGUGGCCCGAGAUCUUCCGCACUCGUGCCAUAACCGCAACUGCAACCCUGGACAUGCUUCGUGAGACCUGCUCCCGUUACGGCAACCCGGACGUCCUGGUCUCAGACAACGGAACGCAGUUCACCAGCGGGCAGUUCGAGGAGUUUUGCCGUGCAAAUGGUGUCACCCACCUCCGCACUGCGCCCUAUCACCCGCAGUCAAACGGCCAAGCGGAGCGAUUCGUUGACUCACUCAAACGUGGCCUCAAGAAGUUGAGUGAGGGGGAAGGCUCGCCCACAUUGGAGCACUUGCAAACGUUCUUGUCGGUGUACCGUUCCACGCCCAAUCGGAACACACCGAACAUGACGUCUCCAGCUGAAGCAUUCCUUGGACGACCGGUGCGCACCACACUGGACCUGCUGAAGAAGCCUGUUCCUGCCACACCGAUCGCCGUCAACCAUAAGCAGAACGAGCAGUUCAACCGUCGGCAUGGAGCCGUCAAGCGCGAGUUCAAGGACGAUGACCUGGUCUACGCCGAGUACCACCAGCGCAACACCAAGUCCUGGAUUCCCGGCCGUGUCGUCGAACGGAAAGGUUCCGUCAACUACAUCGUGCAGCUGGACCUGGAAGGAAGACAGAGGAUCGUGAGUUCGCACGUCAACCAGUUACGCCCUCGCUACGAUGCUGAAGUUCCUGACCAAGUCCAACAACGUCUACCGUGGGAGAUCCUGAUCGAAGAAGCUCGACCGUUGCUGCUAGCCGACCAGGAAGAACCUGAAGCUCCCAUUGAGAUCGACAUUCCUGUUCCGGACAGUCCCGCACCACCGGCCCUGCCUGGAACCGAAGAUCCGCUGGAAGGUGGAUCUGGCACAAAUCACUUUGUGCUGCCUGAAGAUGCCGUACACGCCGACAAGCCCGUUACGCCGCCGAAGCCGCCGACGCUGAUACUUCCUGUUGGUCCACGACGUCCCGUUCGACCGUCCAGGAUUCCACGGUGGCUGAACAUGUACGACAUCUCUUAA